UUCUACCUUAGGACUUGGAAAUUGUGUGUGUUUCGUGAGGAAAAUGAAGUUCAAGCAGUUUAUUUUCCUAGCUCUUCUGUUUACAAUUUUUCUCCUCUCUUCAGCGGCAGUAGCUGAAAAAUCCGAAGAUGAAACUAAACCGGAUGCAACGGAGGAAAGGGGUGAAGGCGAUGAAGCCAUGUAUUUCUGCAGACAUCGCUGUUGCGGCCACUAUGGCUGCAGGUGUUGCAGCUACGCCGAGGCACAGCUCAUGGGAGCUCAAGCCAAGGAUGAGAAAUCAGAAGUGGCACAGGAAGUGAACCAAGCUGACGACGGCAAGUACUAUCGGUGCAGAUAUCGUUGUUGUGGCCCCUAUGGUUGCAGAUGUUGCACCUUUGCUGGUAUCACGGCAGAAGAGUUAAACCAGCAAAACAACUUGAUGAAUUACCAAGGAAGUGGUUAUGGUGGUGGCGGAUAUGGUGGAGGACGGGUGGUGGAUAUGGCGGAGGACAUUGGUGGUGGGGGCGGACAUGGAGGUUAUGGUGGUGGCAGUGCGGACAGGGAGGUUAUGUGGCGUGGUGGAGGACAGGGAGGAGGACCGGAGGUUAUGGGGCGGCGGUGCGGACAGGGAGGAGGACGUGGAGGUUAUGGGGCGGCGGAGCGGUGGUUGGCGGACAUGGAGGUUAUGGUGGCGGCGGUGGGGUGGUGGUGCGGGACAUGGAGGAGGUUAUGGUGGUGUGGGGGGACAAGGUCAGGUGGCAGUGGUGGUGGAUAUGGUGGUGCUGAAGCCACUCCAUAA